GCCUCUGAAGUUUAUGCUCGCAUAACUGUGACAAAUGAAAACCGAGGAAUUUAGUUCAGGAAAAUCAAUGGUGAAUUCUGAGGAAGAAGCAGCUGUUGUGUAGAGCCACUUCUAACUGAGGACUGAAAAUGCGAGCAGUUGAAAGUGAGGCAAAGGCAAAAACCAAAGUCCGCUUUGAGGAAAUCUUCAGACGCCAUGCCGGCCUAGCAGACACAAAAAAGUCAAAGAAAAAGAAGUUUGACUCUCAAGAGAGUAUUGUGCUUGAUACCUUUAGGAAUAAUAUUGAUCUAUCUAAGGAAAGUGUGAAUGAUGAAGCAAUUAUAAACAACACAUAUAAUCCUGAAGAAGAGAGCCCAAGAUUUACAAAAAAUAAAUUGAGAGAGAAAGCGUCAAUUGCAAAGAAAAUAAACAAUGAUGUUGUUAGUGGAGAAGAGAACAAGCAGCAAAAGUCGAACAAGAAGAAAAAGAAAUCACUGUUACAAGAACAAUUUAAUGAGGAGGAUGAUUUAUAUGAAGCUAAAUUGGGAAGUUUUGAAGAAAAGACUAAUGAUUUUCCAAAGAAGAAAACAAAAAGUAAAUCACAAACAGAUGUACCUCAUCAGGAAGGUGAUAGAAAGAUCAAAAAUUCCUUGACUGAAGUGAGAAAUGUAACUGAAUUAGAAGACGAAGAGCAGCUAAUUCAAGCCUAUCAGCUGCACAUGGCUGAGGAAGAGGCAAAUGCAAUUAAAAAGAAAAUGAGAAAAAAACUUAAAGAACAGAUGUCUGAAUCUACCUCCAUUGUUCAAAGGCAUGAAGUUGCACUGAAUAAUGAAGUGGGCAAAAAGAAGAAAAAGAAGAAAGAGCGAGCAGUUUUAAGUGAAGCUGAAACAAGUGCCAUGUCCCUUUCUGAGCUGCAGCAUCAUCAUCCAGAUGAAGGUGGCAAUGGAAGUCAGUCACCUGAGAGAGUAUUUACAUCAGAAAGGAUGGAUAAACAGAAACCUAAAGCCAAGAAGGUUAAGAAGAAAAUCAGAAAAGAAGAAACCAUGGAUGUUGCUGCAGAAAAUGAUGAGGAAAUGAAGAAUUCUGAAAUUUCAACUCAAUCUGAAUUUGGUUUUGGCGAUGAUCUUGUUUUGGGAGUUUAUAUCCAUAGAUCGGAUCGACUUAAAAUUGAUCACUUGGUAUCUCAUCCUGUGGUUAAAAUCCAUAUUGUUGAUCAGAGAAGUGGCUUAUAUGUGAAGAAGGAUUAUAGUAAGAAGGAAGAUUCAUCUUAUGAACAAGAAGAAAUAAAGCACAUUCUUCCUAUAAUGACACAACCAUGUGAUUUUAGAAAGUCUAAAUCAACAAUUCCAGAGUGGGAGGAGCAAGUAAUAUUUAAUGAGUGUUUUACUUACUUUAUUCAAAACACUGAGGAAAACCCUCAGGUUAUCCUGUUUUUUGAGGUCCUUGAUUCUCCAAGUGUGCAUGAUCUGAGAGCCAGCUCUGAUGUAAAAAUUCAGGAAGGUCGUUACCGAAAAAUCUGUUGGGCAUUUCUAAAGCUUGUAGGUGCAAAUGGAGUUCUAAACGUUGGUGCAAAACUUCGUCUGCAGUUAUAUUACCCACCUUCAAGGACCAAGUCACAUUCAAAUGUUGUUGAGGUUUAUGACUGGUGGGCAAAGUGUCCUAGAAAUCGUUACCCAUCGACUUUAUAUGUAACUGUAAAAGGCCUCAAACUGCCAGAUCAUGUUGGUCCUUUGCACUCUACGGCAGCUGUUCAACAGGAACAAAAUAAUACAGCACUGUCAGAGCUCCAGAGAGAGGGAUGUGAACCUUCUUCAGAGGAGAAGAAGGAGCCAUUGAAGUGGUCAAGACUGCCUGGACAGGCUUGCCGCAUUCCCAACAAGCACCUGUUUUCCCUGCGAGGUGGAGAUAUGGGCUGCUUCUGUAUCCGCUUCUCUCACGACGGGAGAACACUGGCAGCAGCAUGUGCAGGAAGGAAUGGCUAUCCCAUUGCUUUGUAUGAAAUUCCUUCUGGACAAUUCCUGAGAGAAUUUUAUGGUCACCUUAACAUAGUGUAUGAUCUUUGUUGGUCAAAAGACAAUCAAUACCUUCUUACUGCUUCCUCUGAUGGCACUGUCAGAAUGUGGAAAAUAGAAAUGAAGGCAGCAUCUGCAAUGAGAGUUUUCCCUCAUCCCUCAUUUGUCUACACUGCCAAGUACCACCCAGUUGCUGACUUGUUGGUUGUGACAGGAUGUUACGAUUCAGUGAUUAGAAUCUGGAAUGCAAAUGUGAAAGAAAUCCAUGGGCAGCUGCUACAGGAGCUUGAUGGCCAUAAAAGUGGAAUCAACACACUUUGUUUUGAUGCAGAAGGGCACCACAUGUUCUCAGGAGAUAGUUCAGGACUGAUAAUAGUUUGGGAUACACCUGUCAAAGAAAGUCCUCCACACCUUUUUCAACACUGGAAGAUCAAUAAGGAAAUAAAAGAAAAUGAUAUUAAAGGAACACCAAUAAAUCAUUUGGAAGUGCAUCCGAAUGGAAGGCAUUUAUUAAUCCAUGCCAAAGACAGUACCCUGAGAAUUAUGGAUCUCAGAAUCUUGGCGACAAAGAAAUAUGUUGGUGCCACAAAUUACAGAGAAAAGAUUCACAGCACCUUAACACCAUGUGGUACAUUCCUGUUUUCAGGAAGUGAAGAUGGAAAGGCUUAUGUUUGGAAUCCAGAAACAGGAGAUCAGGUGGCUAUAUAUUCUGACCUCUCCUUCACAUCUCCACUUCGUGAUGUUGCCUUUCAUCCACAUGAACACAUGGUGUCUUUUUGUGCCUUUGGUCAAAACCAUCCAAUACUUGUAUACAUUUAUGAUUACAAAGUUGCACAACAGGAAGCUGAACUCGUAAGAGAUCUCAAUUCAUCAGUUACCACAGCUGCACCAAGAGGGCCACACUUCUUUAACAGUUUUUCUGGAAUUCCUGUACAAAAAAACUCAGUGAUGUCUCCAGCAGAUCAGUUUGUCAGUGUUGCAAGAGCAUCAAUGAGAAUGCAGAAGGUGAAACAAAAACUUGAUUCUGUUAUGACAAACUCAAAUCUCUUGCUUCCUGCACCAUCAUCUCUGUCACCACACUCCAAGCUAAGACUACCAGGCUCUCUGAGUGUUCCACUGGAUCCUUUGUAUUCUUUCACUGCUGAAAGUGGGUGCUUCAGCCCAGUAGGAAAUCCCCUUAGUCGAACACUAUUGGGUAGACUACAGAAGAAUGAUGACAGCCUGACUGCACUGGGAGUGGGAGGAGGAAACACUUGUCCACCCUGGCAAGAGACAGUAGUGGCUCUUUAUGACUACACAGCGCAUCGAUCAGAUGAGCUAACCAUCCAUCGCAGUGACAUUAUCCAAGUGUUAUACAAAGAUAAUGAUAACUGGUGGUUUGGCAGCCUAGCAAAUGGACAGCAAGGCUAUUUUCCAGCUAAUUAUGUGGCUGGUGAAAAAGAAUAUGAAGAACAACCUUCAGGAUUAUUACCAGAUUCUGCUCCUCUACUACCAGAAGGACCAACUGAAGCAGAGGAAGGUUCUCUGACACUAGAUAAGAUGUCACCAGUCACCAGUAAGUCAGCAGACCUGAAAUUUAUCUCCAAACAUGACACAGAUAGGGACUCACCUACAACACAAGGUACAAAGAAAAAGAAGAAAAGGAUACAAAGGAAUGAGAGAGAAAAUCAGCACAACUUAAUGAGUGUCGAUACUCCUCUGUCAUCAGUUACAACUAAUGGUGUUGAAAACGAACCUACAUCCCGUGGGGAUGUGGAAUUGAAGAAGAAGAAGAAAAAGGCAGUGAGAGGCUCAAACUUAAGCACAAAUGGAAGGACAAAUAUUGCCUUUGAGCCCGAAUGCCAUGACUCAGAGGCAUAAUUUAUUUCUGAAUACUGGGGCAAUGUUCAUUACAAUCGUUGAAGGCUGCAAUUAUGAUCUC